GCACGGUGGCUCGUUCCCUAAGGCUUCAGUUCACUUCAGGAUGAGUGGCCCUGUGGCACUCUGAGCCGGGAUUAACAAGCAGAGAGCAGUUUGUCCCGACAGCCGCUCGCCAAAGGAGUCUAAAAAUGUUAAUGGAAGUCGGCUACAGUAACGGGCUGGACCCUGACCUUUCCCAGCAGUAUCCUCCGCCCUUACUGCCAAAACCAGGCAAGGACAACGCAAGGCUUCAGAAACUCAAGAAGAAGAGAGCCAAGAAAAAAGGCAGCCUUUCUCAGACGCCAAUCCCCUUUCGCUCCUGUUUGUCGCCUGUCAACGAAGCGAGCACAGACCUCGAGCACAGUGACCAGUCCAGCCCGCCAAGGACACCGGAUUCAGUCUACACUGCAGAUCCUUCAGUAUCCAGUUUCCCCUUUGACUCCUUCUACGAUCACUCUGCAUCUGCAUUUCCUUAUCCUCGGAGCAGCCCCUAUGGCCAAACUGGCAGCUUCCCCCCUCAGUCCUACAUAGCUCAGAUCAGGACUUCUGAAGAGCAGGUGGCUCCGCUGUAUGAGUGCUCAACUUUCUUAUUCGAUGACGUGACUCCUUUCAUGAUCCCACCUUCAGCUUCAACACCCCCAUCACCACCUGAGCAGGUUUCAGCACCACCUCCUCCCUGUGCUUUAAAUUCAAACAUGACACCAAACUCCCAUGGGUCAGUCACAACAGUCCCUCCAGUCACUAUGUCGCAAUCCAGCACUAAAAUAUCAACUCACAGCCUGACCCUAUCCCCAGCCGCCCCCAAUUGUGGCCCAGGUCCGGCACCUUCUCAGGUUGCAGAUAAACCUCUUCUUCCAGCGUUGCUAUCCGUUUCAAACACUCAGACACAAUGUUUUAUUGCCAACCAGAGGGAGACAAAUGCCAGUUCAAAUGACAACCCUCAGAGCCAGAUGUCGUCUUGGACUGCCAGACCUACCAGUAAUGGCAACUUUUUUCCAAGCCAGAUGUCACCUGAGAUAACUGCCUCAAAAAUAUCACUUGUUGAAGCAGUUAAAGAGACAAAGCCUGACACCCAACAAAGCAGGAUUUAUACAUCAAAGGCAACAUUUUAUGAGAUUUCUAAACCUCUCUCUAUCCAAGACCUCACAGCAAUAAACCCAACCUUCCAGGGAGCAUCAUUAUCUGACAUAUACAGAAAGAAAACGCCUGUGUCAGUGGUGAAAACUGAUCAGAAACUGAAUGUGUCCACGACCCAAUGUGGAAGACCUAAGACUCCCUCUUCUACACCAGCUCGAGUAUCGACACCCUUUAUUGAAAUAUCCAAACCUAACCCACUUUUAUUUGCUGCUUUCAACUCCUCCAAAGAUCUAGAAGCUCCUGCAAUUCCCAACGAGGCUCCAAGACAAAAACCAAUGAUUCAAACCAGUGGUUUAAGUAAACCUCCAGCUUCCACAGAAGAACUGAAGCGGACUGAUGUUAAUCACAUUACUGCUAUCAAACAAGCCAGCAAUUACGAAGAGCUAGAGAUUAAAAAAACACAAAGGAGUACAAUAAAUCCAAGCUUUGCUAAUACUGAGCUGUACCCCAGAGAGAACUUAACAUCAAGUAUGACUGCACCUGACUCUGCUGUGGUCAAACCAACACUAAUAGAACCAGUCAUCCCAAAACUACAAACAAACCAAGUCUUUGAAAGUAAAGCUUCAUCUUUGCCAAAGGUCCCAUCAUUUUUAUCCACUGUACCAACGACUUCAAAUCUCAACCCUACGCAAGUGAUUUCAAUGCAAGCACCACCAAGUCCAAGCCCCCUAUCAACCCCUUAUCGUCCUCCAGUGGUUGAUGCACGCAAGUCUUUGUCGUCACUAUUGGAGAGCCAAAUGUCAUUAGCGACCUCAAAGCCCAAAUCACGAUCAACAUAUUAUGGCCUUACUCCAUCUGAGUAUGCUGCCUACGGUGGGAUUAGGACUAUUUCAUCACAUCACAGCCCUGUACCCACCAGGGUUAGAGAAACCUCUUCAAAUAAAAUACAGUCAGAUGUAGCUGUAGAUGGAUCACACGUCUCAACGUCUAAUGCAACGAAACUACUCAAUGGACAUCAGGAUCUUCCAUCUUUGAUGGAGGCUCCUGCUGCUAACAUUUUACAACCUCCAAGGGAUUCUGAGCUUCCAGCUGAAUGGAUCGUCACACGUAGCAAAGAUGAGUUUGGGGAGAAUGUGUCUGAAGCUCAAAGUAUUGGAAUGCAAUCAGUUAAAACAUCAAAGGUGGAUGCCAUAAAAUCUGAGCUUCCUCUUGACUUGGCACAGAAAACAAUGCAACAAUCCACAAGUGACGUAUCCACACCAAAAAGCUCUUUCUCUGAGGCUUCAAUACCAAUGUCUAAAGCAGGUGAGGUACACACACAAAGUGCGGCACUAUUUACUAUAGAGACAGCGUUAAAUACAACCCCAUGCCUAACUGAUAGCAAUGGUGCGUUGAGUUCUUUCUCACCCUUAGUGAAAGUAGAUUCAAAUGAAGAAACCCAGCAGAGUGCAAAAGGGAUAGAUGCCAUAGACAAAGGUGACAAUAUUGAGAAAACAUCUACAAAAGGAGAAUCCAGGAUCACAAAUGCAAAACAACAGUCAGGAAAAAUAGAGAUAGCUCCAUUCCAGUCUUACCAAACUGCUGGUGGAGUCAGUCCAUCAACAGCCAAUGGUCCAAACGUCCAAUUCACUGUCACACCUGCUAAAGACCUAGCUGAGCAUAAAGGCCUGGUUGUUCAAUCUCCUUCCACAGAGUCAGAGCAAUUCUCAGGGAGUGCCAUCAUAAAUGGUGUGUUCGUUUUAGGAAUACCACCAGCCACUAGUCUGGUUUCAGAUAGACCACUGCCCAGUGAAGUGGCUACUACAGCUGUUUUACACAAACAAAGGGAAGAGGUUAACCAGCAAAUGAAAGUGAGCAGGGGGGUUACUCUACCCAAUAAAACAAAGAUGCCAAAAAUGUUGCCUUCUGUGGCUGCUAACACAGAACGUAGCCUUAACAAAACAAACACUGAGCCCCAAUUCUCAAAUGUAUUCUCUAAAGAAUCAAUUAUCACUACCACAGGAUCCAUUUUGCAACAUGAGCCUGUCACAGCAUCUGUAUGUUCUGCACAGUACAGUAUCUGCACAGUGUCUGCAGCCCUCCAAAGCACAAAAAUCACACAACAGCUCAGCACAGAAACUAAAAUUCACAGAAAUAGUCAAACAGUAGGAAACAACAUCCAUUUUCCUGCAGAAGGUCUCUCUUUGAAAUCUUCUCAAGUUCCAAGUAUGCCAAAUUCCCUUGCUGUUAAUAAUAAUGUAAUGGGCAAACCUACUACAGAAACAAAACAACCUGACCUCUCGGUCACUGCAACCAAAUCCCCAAACAUUUCAGGCAUUAAAUACCCUUUAGAUAUGACCUUCAAUUUGCCCACACAAGAGCCCUUAAAGCUAACCAAAACUAGUGAGAAUCUAUUUCUAAACACUCAAAGUAGUAUAUUUUCCAGUGGCCAAGAUAAACUUGUUCAAGCAGCAAGUUUUUACUCAAAUUCAAGCACAGCUAUAGGAGAGGCCACACAAGCAAUUGAAACCUUUCUUAACAUCCAUGCUAAAGACGCAAUACUGUCACACCAAUUUAAUACAGAACAUAAUCUCCCCACUUUUAAUAACAUUAACAGAUUUAGCAAUUCAGCAGUAGACACAGAAUUGCAUCCACAACUGACCAAUGGAAGAAUAUGUUUGACUGGGAAAACACCAACAGAGAAUCUUCCCAGUAUACCUAUAAUAACAGAAAACAUUCAAUCAAAAGGUGUCAUAGAAACGAGACCAGCUUCUAAUAUUUCAGAAGGAAACACAGUACUGAACAUGCCUAGCAGUGAAACCAAACUGUCCGACAAACUGUCUGCCGGAUUGCUUACUCUCAGCAAGUCUUCCACAGACUCAGUCUCACGUGGGCAACCAGGAGGUGUAGACGCUAUUCAACACGGCGUACCAGCUGCAGAAACUGCACAGUCUAGCAAAUCCAAUUUGGGCAGUCAUGUUCAAAGUAUUCCUUCGGCUGAAAGCAAAGUCCCCAACAAGCUUCAUACAGAAGUUAUUUUGCCUAUUAUAACAGACCAAGCAGUGAGCAUUAAUCCAUCUUUUAAUACUGCACAGGUUAGUAAAACUACCGUGCCAUCUAGCCCUACCAUGAGGCACGUCAUACCAAGAAGCCCUCAGCUGAGAUUAGACAGACCUAAGAGUCGAUCUGCAACAAAGCAAGCAAUCGAUGCAAAACCAGUUUCUGGCUCUGUUGCUCAAACAAGAAUCUACACAAACUCAAAAACAGAUGGUGAACUGACUGCCAACCUUCUUGCUGAGCAAAGAUCAUCCGAGGCAUCUGCACAACAAAUUACAACUAAAAACACAUUAAAGGAACAAUUGUCUUUCAACCAGCCAGUUAUAGUCAAUACAUGUGUAGCAAGUCCCUCUCCAAGGACAAAAAAAUCUGUAUUAUCUAAGAUUGAGACAACAGCUUCCUCAUCUUCUGGUUAUACCAUGGCUAACCAAGUAGAACAGCAAACCAUUGCAAGUCAAAUCACGUUGUCUGGAGAUAAUUUCCAAACCUCUGUGAAUUCAGUGAGCUCUCAGACUGGAAUGAAUCAGUUUAAGAAAUCUGUCACUGAAACAAAGAAAUCGAUAGAAACUAACAUUCAAACUGUAAAUACUCAAACUGUCCCACACACUGAAUUUAAAAACCAUGCUGCCACAAAUCUUCACCCCCUUGCUGCAGCCACCAGAGAUGCUAAAGCCCCACUUAUUUUAACUAGAGCAACUACACCUCGGAGCACUACAGGAGCCUCCCCUCUACCAGAGCCAAGAGUGUGUAAUACACCGAUUCAAACCUAUACUCCAACCUUGCCCCAGUCCUUCCAAACCCCCAUCUAUUUGAACCAUACCACAGACACCAAACCCUCGUCUGUCAUUAUGAAAGACCAGACAAACCCUCCCAUUACAUCUCAUCCAACUAAUACAAAUGUUCAUCCCUCUGCUAAGUCAAUCACAGAGAUGAUUCCAAAACCAGAAAUAAAACCACCCACAACUAAGGACCAUUCAGUCCUGACUAAUAGUGCUGAGGUAAAAGUACAAUCCCCAAUGCACAAGAUAAAAACCAGCAUAGCAACAAAUUCUAGUAAGGAAGGAAAACUCUCCUCUGAAACUAUCCAUUCUUCCGAUCAUGUUUUAACCAGUAAACCUAUGCUAAAAGCGCAACCUCCCAAUAAGCAGGUAGAAUCAAGACCGUCCUCAGCCAGUUCAGAAACGAAACCUUCAGUUGUAAAAACAGAUUGCUCAAAGUCUCCCCCCGAUCCGGUCCAGAUUAGCUUGCACACCAGUAAUGUUCAGCCUUCGACAGAGCUACCAGUAGAGAAAAUUUUCCCUGCAAAGCCAGCAACAGAUACAGUCAUGAAACCGUCCAUAGUUAACGCCGCUGUGAUUGACUCUGCCACUCCUGCCUCUCUGCCUCAGGCCUCAGUCUCAGUCAAAGCUCCAUCCCAAAACAGAGGAACGUCACCGCCAUCUCAGCAAAAACCUGGACUCAAAGACAAGGACGUUCUGAGGACCAAAACUACAGCUGCACCGAUGGAAGCCCCGGCAGUCGAACCCUCCAAGAAGUCAGCGACAUCAACUGCAUCUUCAACUGCUGACAAGAAGACCGUUAAAGCAGACACAUCUUCUUCACCCACCGAGCCCAAAACAGCCAAGAAGCUGAAAGGCCUAAAGGGUAAGCUCAGCGGAUGGACACGGCUCAAGAAACACAUGGUCGUUGAGCCAGAGGAACUUACGUUUCCAGUGCCGCAGGCCAAAUCUCAGGUUGAUUCCAGUUGCAGCAACGAGAAAACAGAUAAAGAUGGCGAUGAUAAGUCUUCAGCAGACAAAUGUGCCAAUAAGGAGGUGGUUAACAACAUAGAAGGUCCCAAGGCGUUGAACAUGUGGGACACCCUCCUUUUUCAAAUGUUUUCCACCAAAGAUCGAAUCAUGCACCAGAUCAACGCCACCAAGAAAGAUUCAGAGAAGAAAAAGGAACCUAAAGACAAUCCAACAGAAGUUCCUUCCUUUGUCAAUCGGCUGCCGAUUUUGCUGUACAGCCCCCGUUUUGAUGCCAGGAAGCUUAAAGAGGCGGCAGAGAAGCCACUCUCGAAAAUAUCAGCAGUGUUUGAAAAGGGGCUGAUAAAACGCAAAUCCCAGGAAGACGAACAUAAGGACUUCAACAGGAAAGCAAGAGGAUUUGGUUCAGCGAAAGCUACAGACACAGAUACUUGACCUGAUGCAUAAGUAUGGUUGGUGAUGAGAAGUGAAAAUUGAAAGAUGCAGUGAUAAACAUACACAUAAACAGUUUGUGUAUUUAGUCAAUUUAAUAAUUAAGGUUAAUUUUAUAAAUCAGGGCUGCAGUGAGGAGGUUGAUUUUUCAUGAGGAAAAACAGAUUAAAAGUGUCAUUGAUUACACACUAAAAUAAAUUAAUCCGUAUGUGAAAUAUACAGUAUAUAUCAAAUUUAGUUUAUCAGUUGUGGUUGUUGAGGAUGUAUAGGUUAGUCUAUAAGUUAGCUGUUACAUCUUUUUAAAGGUCAAUAUUAAUAAUAAUAAUUAUUAUUAUUAUUAUUAUUAUUAUUAUUAUUAUUAUAAUACAGGAGUAAUACAGGUGUGCUAUCUGUGCAUAAAUCAAAUGGGAUGGAUGUGACAGAAAAGAAACAAUAAUGCGAAGAAAGAAAGGAACAUUAUAUACUGAGUAACUUGGUCAGUUUGUUUUUUUCAUUUGAUGAUGGCUUAGACAUAGUGUUGAAAGCAUGUACUGUAGAUACUUUAAUAGAUGAAAGAUUGUUUCAUUUGUCAUGCUCUACCUUUUUCUAUUUUUCUAAAACAAGUAAGGCUUUUAGUGUACACAGCUGGUAGGCAGUUUUUAAUCUCUGUAAUAAAUAGGGCUUUUACAUUCCUGGAACAACAGGGCAGAUGGAUUUUAAAAGAAGGAAAAUGAAGAUGGAUGAAGCACGAAGGUCCAGUCAGAACAGAUUAAGACUUUUUGCAAGUCAGGUAUGGAUGGAAAUGAAGCGGCAGAUGUCCGGGCUUACGAUCAGGCCAAGAAACUACAAUCACACAGGCUGGUACAUCUUGGGGCUGGGCAAUAAGGAAAAAACACUGUGAUACCUAAAAGUUCUUCUUUUGAUGCCAGUUUACAUGAUUGUAUAUUAUCUGCCGAGGCUUAUAAUGUAGGUGCUUUGGGGAUGUUUAACUUAGUUUUAAGCGGCUUUACGGAUGGAAAUGUCAGGUCUGUUUAUGGUUGGUCCACCAUUUGGGUCUUGGCUGGAAAAUCUCAACUAUUGGAUGGAUUACCAAUACAUUUUGUACAGCCAUUCAUGGUCCCCAGAGGAUGAAUCCUAUUAACUUUGGUGAUCCUCUGGCUUUUCAUUUAACACCAUUUUAAUGUGUCCAUCCAAUACUUUACAAACCAAUACUGGUUUAUGACUAAAUACCUGCAAAACGAAUCACAUUCCCAUCAGCCUCAGCUGUACUUUCUGUUCGGUGCUAAUUAGCUAAUGUUACCAUGCUAACACACAUGACUAAGUGUUUUUUGUGUUAUUUUGAGGACAUACAAAGCCCAAUCCCAUCCAAAAGUCAAAUUCUUGUUUCAUCAUUUCACCAGUGUUGUUUGAAAACUCUCCACUUUUAUCCGUUUUGAUGAUGUUAAGGACUCCAAGCUCCUCUGUCAGUUGAGGAAAGUCUUUAAGUGAAAUGCAUUGUCUUCAACUUGCAUAGGCAACUCUGAAAGUUGGAGAUCCAAUGUUUUCCUCCAACAUCGAUUAUAUGAUAACAACAUUUCCAGCCAGUGUAACAAAUAAACUCAGUGAUCCUUUCGGUAGAUUGUAAUUUCCUGCCCGUCGGAGCGUCCAGGACUUGUGAACAAUGUUACUGAGUUUAGAUUGUAACUAAGAUGUAGAAGUGAAUACCAAUGAAUGAUAAAUAUGAUGAUGAUGAUCAAGAAGAUAAUGAUGAUGGUGAUGGUGAUGCGGCCUGCUAUAGGAAGACAGACUAAAGGAAGAUUGAGUGACAGCUGGAGAAGACGGAUGGGUGUGAUGUUUCACAGCUUAGGAGGAUUGUGAUGCUGCUGUAGCAGAUAUUAGCAUGCUGUUGUUGAUAUAUUGGAUUUUUAAAAAUGAUUGUUUUCCCCUAGAUGACCAUCAUGUUAUGGAAUUUAUUUUAGGUAGGGGGGAGUUUACCCCCAUAAGCAAACCACAGCCCCGUUUAUAACACUGAUUAUUGGACUAUAACAUGUUUUUGUUUACUGUGUGUUUCUCAAAAAUGCAUAAAGUUGAAUGUGAAACUCA